GGCGUCUUCCUGGUGGACCAGAAAACGAUGGAUCUUCACAUACUGGACCAUCGAUUAAGGGUGACUUGCAUCAGCAAAAGCGGACUGCAACAUUACACACACCCGCUGAUCAAACUGAUAUUUCUGAGAAACAGGACGAGAUGCAAAUUUUUCAGUCUCACAGAGACUCCUGAAAAUUACACUGUUGUCCUCGACGAGGAGGGAUUUAAAGAGCUGCACCCGUCUGAGCACUUACAGGUGGAGGGCUCCACGUGGCUCCCGCUCAAUGUGGUCUCGAAUGGCAAUGCUUCCAGCAGCUCGCAGGCUGUGGGCGUCACUAAAAUUGCCAAGUCCGUCAUCGCUCCUCUGGCAGAGCAGCACGUGUCCGUCUUUAUGCUCUCCACCUAUCAGACUGACUUCAUUCUGGUGCGAGAGAAAGACCUGUCUGUGGUGGUGGAGACUCUGGUGGAAGAGUUUAAUAUUUUCCGAGAGGAGGGAGGAGAAUCAGUGCCUGUUCACAGUCAGGACUCCUGCAAUGGUCUGCAGAGGAACGGCAGAGAGGUUCCACAUGCAACUGUUCAUCCAGUGUUGAUCCCGGAGAAUCAUUUUUGCGUAAUGAGUUUGGAUCCGGACACUCUGCCAGCAAUCGCAACCACCCUCAUAGACGUUCUGUUUUACUCGAACAGUCCUAAAGAGGGCGCCAGUGUUGACCAAGACAUGGAGUGCAUCAAGUUCUUCUCUUUCUCUCUGAUUGACGGAUAUGUGUCUUUAGUGAUGGACACAGACGCACAGAGACAAUUCCCAGCUGAUCUUCUGUUCACCAGCUCCUCUGGUGAGCUCUGGAGAAUGGUGAGAAUAGGAGGGCAGCCUCUUGGAUUCGAUGAAUGUGGAAUAGUUGCUCAGAUCUCGCAGCCUCUUGCUGACAGUGAUAUAUCAGCGUAUUAUAUUAGCACCUUCAGCUUCGAUCAUGCUCUGGUGCCAGAAGAAGACAUUACGAGCGUGAUGGAGAUGCUUCAGACUCAGAGAAAGGAAAUGUCCAGUUGAGGACAGAAAAAGACCUUCACAAUGGAUGGUAGAUCUUACAUGAGCCACUAACACACAGUAUUAUUCUAUAACCUAAGGUGCUUCAGUCACAGCAUUCGAGAGUGAGGCUUCAAAGGCCUUAACUCUGAAAUCAGUGGCUUUUUUCGUUUUCUUUUCAUUUUUCUUUUCUUUUUUUUUUUUUUUUUUGGCUUUUUGUUUUUGAAGGAAAGGCAGUGCUGGUUAAAUCCCAUUUCUAAGAAUUUAAAUAUUUACAUGACUGAUUUUUGUAAGGAUGUUGAUGUGGCGUUUUAAUGCCUGAAUACUUAAAGCACUUUUCUGAUUUAAAAUGAGAAGUUUAUUGUUUUUUAUUCCAUUAUUGCAGGGGUAGUUAAACGCAAAUUGAUGUCCUGUAAUUCAUAACGGGAAAGUUUCCGUUUCCUGCAGAUAUCAUUACACUAAGUAUUGCACAAAAAUGUCUUCCAGUGUUGUCUAAAAUCAGGGUUUUGUUUCUCGAAUAAGCCAGUUUAAGGUCAAACAAAAGGAACUUUUAUUUGUCAUAGCAUUUGGUGUCAUUAAAACAUUGGGUCACUUUAUUUUGAUGGUCUGUUUGUUGAAUUUAAGUUACAUUGCAUCUACUAAUUCUCAAUAUAUUAUAAGGAGAAUGUUAGGUUGGGCUUGGGGUUAGGGUUAGUGUAAAUGACAUGCACCUGCAAAGUUUCUUAUAGUCAGUUAAAUGUUUGUUGAAGGAGCAGUAUCAGCAGAUAUUAAGCAGACAGUCUACUAAUUGGACCAUCAAAAUAAAGUGUUACCGAAUAUUGCACUUAGAAAAACACAGUUCCUGAUGGAGACAUAGUCGGAUCACUUUUGAAAAAGUCAUGCUGUUAUGAUUACUUUUGUUUGCUUAAAAGCCAAAUGGCAGCUGUUUACACCUAUAGCUUACUGGGGUGCAUCUCACAAAAUGUAUCUAAUCAUAUUUUAUAUUUAAUAAAUGGAUUUGGAUGGAGUUUAAGGUCAUGUUUUGCAUAAAGAAAAUGAAAUUAAGUCUUUAGUAUAAAUUUAAAUAUUUUUUCACAUUACCUCAAAACAAACAUCAUAGUAAUUGCACUUCAGUAUUCGUUUUACAGUGCAAAAUUACUGUAUUAAAGUGGUGAGAGUCAAAUGAGAGGAAUUCUGACCCAAAAUUAAAUAAAUAUUUAACAAAGUCAAUUUGACAAAUUAUUGAUGACCUAUAACCAUGUUAUAAUGCCAUAUAAACACACACACACACUUAUA